AUGACGCGGUUUCUGGUUCUUGAAGAAGCUUGUCUAAAACAAGGUUUCGAAAUAUCUGGUCAUCAACUAAGGCAUCAGAAUCGUUUGCUUGAUUUAUCGUUACCUGUGCGCCUCAGUGAUCUGCCCAAUAAUGCGACUGUUGAACUGAUACCAAGCACCCGCGGGAGUAUAUCUACAGAAGCGCAGAUUGCUUUGCAGCUCGCCGAUGGAUCACGUUUCAUUGGAACUUUUUCAAACAAAACAAAUUUGUUGGAUAUUCUUCAGAAAUUUUCGAAAGAAUCAGGAACUGACCUGGUGAAAUAUAGUGACGGCCGUAUCCCAUCCUGCACCUAUAUGAACAGAGAGCUCGCCGAUGGAUCACGUUUCAUUGGAACUUUCUCAAACAAAACAAAUUUGUUGGAUAUUCUUCAGAAAUUUUCGAAAGAAUCAGGAACUGACCUGGUGAAAUAUAGUGACGGCCGUAUCCCAUCCUGCACCUAUAUGAACAGAGAGGUCUUGAACGAACAUGCGAAAGAGUGA